GUUCUGGGACUACACCUGAACGCGAGUCACGAAUAUUGGGUGGACAUCAACCGGCUGGGCCAAAAGGAAUAUGUGUCGAUAGCAACCGGAUUAAGACCCAAUUAUAUCAAUUUCCUCGUUAAGCAUGCGAAUGAAGUGAACGAGUCAAAUAAUACAAAUGAACAUUUAAAUUGCGUGACCUUGGUUAAGGGUUACGAAGAUAGUUUUGUAAUGAAGGAGGCGAAUGGCAUGGAAAAAUCUAAAUUCGUUUGCCAGCUAUCUGCACCGCGAACUAUUUCCAUUGUGAUCUGGUAACAUUUGUUUAUCAUAUAUAUGUAUAUGUUUUAUAUACUGUAUACUCUAUAUAUAUUUCAUAAAAGAUUUA